CACGGAAAUGCACUGGAUCACAUGGUUACAACUACUGAAGUUGAUAAGGGACGUACUGUUGCUAACGCAGAGAUUUUAUUGUUAGCUCGUUCGUUAGAUAACCUGUACCUGACUUGUACGUUUUCGUACACAUCGUAGACAUUUUGGAGGACGUCAAAACAAUGGAGCCACAGAUAAAACGUUGGAAAGGGUCAGCCUGUGAUACUGACUCCUGGGUCGCUUACCCUGUCCUGUCAGAUGAUCAGUCACAAGAUGUUGAGCUGAUCGAGGCAUUUGCUGCACCCAUUGUUGACAAGAAAGAGACGUCUCGACUCAUCAGGGAGCUGAACAGCCUCUACCCACUGAAUGGCCUUCAGCACAUCAAGAGGGUACGGGCGUGCAAGGGGAAGGGCAGCCCUCACCCUCUGGAAGUCCUUGUGUGCCUUGUUAGUGAUGCGCCAGACGUGAAGGACGUCAGCAUCGGCUCUCUGCUGCCCUCAGAUGGAGUUAGACAUGAUGGAUUAGGUGAGCCUUUUGUGGUUAAGGUCCCCGCGCGUCCCCCCUUGACGCGACCUCAGUUCGAGCUGGCGAGCAAACACUGGCCCACCUCCUUUCAUGAGGACAAACAGGUGACAGUCGCUCUGAGAGGAGAGCUCUUCAGUCCACCUCAGAAAGCUACAAUGCACUUGUACAUGAUGUCUGCUUUCACUGCUGCUGAAGCUGGAAAGGAGAUGGGGAUGGAGGCGGUAGGGGCCGUGGUGGUCAACCCAGCAACGCAGAGAAUCAUUGCAGUGGGCCACGACUGCCGAGGUGACCACCCCCUUCAUCAUGCUGUCAUGGUCUGCAUUGACCUUGUGGCUCAGAGCCAGGGCGGCGGAUGUUAUUCUUUUGACAGAUACCCUGCUUGCCGAUUUACUUCGUCAGACACAGACACAUUUAAGAGUGGAGAGGCAAGCUCUCAGCCGUACAUUUGCACCGGGUAUGACCUUUAUGUGACCAGAGAACCUUGUGUCAUGUGCGCCAUGGCACUGGUCCAUUCCCGGAUUGGCCGUGUGUUCUAUGGGACUGCUUCUGCUGACGGGGCAUUAGGGACUAAGUUCAAAAUCCACUCACAGAAAGAUUUGAACCAUCGCUUUGAGGUUUACAAAGGAGUCCUGAGCAAGCAGUGUGAGGAUCUUAAAGGCUUGGAAAGCCACAACAGAAAGCAAAGUUUAGAAGACUGAAAAAAUCCUAUUAACCAAUAUUUUCCAAAAGUGGUCAUUUUAAAUUAAGUUUUUAAUCGUGGUGAUUUUCUUAUUAAAUGCAUCUGUGUUCCAGUAAUAACAACAAUCCAUCUGACUUAGGUCUUAGGUGGAUUUGACUGUGACCUUAAAAUUCUGCAACUUACAUGUUUGUUGGAUGAAAGAGAAAGUCAGUGAUGCUGAAGCCUGACUUCAGGAUGUGCAGUAAAUGCUAUGAUGAUUUAGUGAAUUAUUUUAACAGCUGCGGCAAGAGUCAGGAGUAAGAGCUGCUCUCCGUAUAUAUGUCCAAAUGAAACAUUUUUUUAUUAAUCACAUGCAAAGCAGCUUACUCUGUUGUAACUCAUUCACAUUUAGCUGAUUUGAAUCAGAUUCUGAAUGCACACACUGAAUUAAGAAGAUUUUCUGAAGUUUAACACAUUAGGAUCAAAAACAGUAUUUUCUUUGUUUGCAGAGGGGCUGAAAAUCCAGAUCCAGGCCUGUAAGUGAUGAGCCUCUGCAACUGACAUAACAAAAAGUGACUCCUUGUUUUUUUUUUUUAAAAAUGGAAUCAGUAUGCAUCAGCUUGCAAAGCAUGUCAGUUUUGUAUUCAAACUAUGUUGUACACAAAACAUUUUUCAGAUAAAUGAGUUUUGUUGAGUA